CUCAAAAACUUCAUACACCAAUACCAUCAAAACUACAUUGCCUACCCUACGCUUGAACUCAAAACAGAAAAAUUAAUCAACAAAAUCAACAAACAAUACAACCUCCAACUAUCACCAAUUCCAAACACACCAGACACCAUAGCAAUCAAAGGAUGGCAAACAGAAAUCGAAAGCUAUAUUCUAAACACCAAAAAAAGUUUUCAAACAAACAUGCCAAACAAAACACAUGUCAGCAAUCCAUCAGCAUUUUUCUGUCAAACUGAUGUCAACGAAUUGGGUCCGUUUACCGAACGUCUGGACACCGACCUGAGCUCAGGCUCUAAUUCAAAUUCAUCUACAAAUAUAAAGUCAGAGAAAUUGGGGAGAACGUGUAAAGAAACACUUAAAACAUUAAAAAAGACCAGAUCUAAGAAUGAACCUUGCGAUGCACAUUCUCAUAUCAUUGUUGGAGAUUUGGAAGGAUUGGAAUGGCAUUUGAAAAACGGAUCAAGUAUUAAUGAGGAAAAAUUGGUGGAGUAUGCUUUAAGAUUCUUGGAACCCGCGAAAAUAAUCCAGGCCCUUGAAGUAAUAAAAUCAUAUGGGAUGAACCUUAAAAGAGCUCACAUUAAGAUGGAAACAUUAGCAUUCUGCAAUGAAAACUUCACGCAGGAUACAGGGGUAAUAAUAAAGAUUUUAUCCUGGUUAUUUCAAAAUGGCUAUGACAUUAAUGAAGAGCAUUAUUACAACAAUAAUGCCUCUUACACACAUCCGGCAUGUUGGAUAAUAGGCCUUCGACAUGAAUUUCCGGAAACCUAUAUUUAUGAAUUGCUUUUAAUGUCUUUGGAACAAGGGCUUCAACUUAAUAAACCCUAUUCGCUUUUUCCAAACAUUUUAUUUUACUUCAUCGUAGAGGAUUUUCCCGUAUCAUUCUUAGAACUUAUUUUGAAAUAUGACAUCAACUAUGAAACAAAGAACAAGGACGGACACGAUGCGCUUGCGUUCGCUGCAACAAAGGGAAAGAUGCAAGCGGUGAAAUGUCUUUUAGAACACGGAUUUGAUCCCAACACCCCGAUCAACUUCUAUUGCCCAAACAUUUUAUUCUAUUACAUUCGCGAACGUGCAUCAAUUUCAUUUCUAGAACUCAUUAUAAGCAAUGAUGUCAAUUUACAAGCAAAGAAUGGCGAAGGAUUCGAUGCGCUUGUAUUUGCCGCAAAUAACAGGUACAUAGAUGCCACAAAAUGUCUUUUGACUCAUGGGAUGAAUCCCAACAGUUUUCUCAGCCCACAUUGUCCAAAUGUUUUAUUCUAUUAUAUUAAAUAUGCACCGGUUUCAUUCUUGAGCGUUGUACUGAAAUGCGACAUUAAUUUAGAAAAAACAAAUAAUGAGGGACUGAACGCACUCGCGUUUGCAGUGAAAAGUAAAAACUUCGAAGCAAUGAAAUACCUUUUAGAGCAUUCUCUGGUAUUUCGUGAAGAGCAAUACCUGAAGCAAGCAAUUACCUUCACAAAAUGGCUCAGUAACGAAAGGAGCUAUCUCAAAA